AUGCAUGGGCUCUGGUCUCGUGCAGCGAGGGCACACAGCUGCCAUUGCAAAAUAUGUAUACGCUCGACAGCGCCCAUCGCCCGGCCCUCGGUGACACCUGCUCCCAAGCCUCGCAACUUCAGCACCGUCUCUCACGAAGCCCUUCGAAAGCUGGAGUCGAUAUGUUACCAGCAGCCGCGUCGGUUCAAUACUUCACAAAACCAUGACGAAAUAUGCAGGAUAUACAGAAGUCGCAGGAAGCCUCUCCCGCGAGCAGGCCUAGUUGUUGGUCUCAACGCUCUGCAAGAGGCGCUGUUGUUGGAAGAGAGCAGGAUGCCCUUCCAGCGUCGGGAAGUCAGAAACCCCGUCCAGCUUGCGCGGGCAGCCGAUGCCACCAACCGUCUUGUUGAGAAUCUGCUAGAGGAGCUUUAUCGUGCGCAGCAUCCAGACGACCCUGCUGCACAGCAGGCAGCAAAGCAAAGUUUGGAUUCCGCUUGGACAGGAAUCCGUCUCCUCCGGUCAGAAGGUUAUCCACGCUACCGACACCCAGAUCUGGACAGUGAGGAUGCUAUAUCGCUUCGCAGAGAGCUCACGCAAGCGAACAACAGCCUAUUUGCUGACUGGGAGCGCUGCAAGAAGGCUGCACUAUCUACGCUGCCGAGAACCGGAUUUUACAGGCGCCCGAAGCACUUGUCGAUACCCACGCAUUUUAUUAGCAAGAUAUGCUACAAUCUGCUCGUGUCGUCUGUUCCUCUAAGCAUUCACAACUACAACAACUUACUUCUCGGCUUCCUGAGAGUCAAAGAGCCGGCCUAUGCCCAGAUCGUGGCCGAUGCCCUUCACCACCACACCCUCUUACGACCCACCCAGCAGACGCAUAUCUGUCUGCUUCAUCACUACCAAGUCAAAGAAGACAUGCGUGGCUUUUAUCGCAUGAUUCGCAACUUGAUGGCCCUGGAUACGCACGGCCCGCGGAUCAGGAGGAAGUCGCUCAAGGAUGUACAGUCUUCUUCUGCUCUUCGCACCUGGGCGCUCACCUCGGAUGUCAGCUUCAGAAACGGCAUAGUGAUGGAACGUGCCAGAAGAAACCAGGGUGUAUAUGAAGCCAUGAUUCGUGGGCUGCUGUUUUUCAACCAGUCCAAGGAUGCCGCCCUGGUUUAUGCUGCGUGCUUGGCCGAGAGCCAUUCCCUCAGCUCACACCUCGUCCUGCAGCUUGCCAAUAGGAUCUCGGCCAACUAUGAUAGGGAAGGUGCCGACGUUCUCAUCAGGGCCUUGACUGGGAAACCGGUCGAGCUUCAGGCAUUGCUGCUACACGACGACACAUCAACAUCCAAACUUUCACACACCAAAAGGCUAUGCAGAGCACUUGAGCGUGUCCUAGAGCUCCGUCGCAUAGGUCUACCUGGAGAGAUCUGGCCAAUUUCAGCUCAGCGUCGUCAGACCUUGGCCAAUGCCCUGUUUCUUGCAAACGCACGGGAGCACUGCCGGGUGCUGGACAUUUUCUUGGCACAGUUUGGACAUAAACUAGGCAGGGGCAAGGCUUCCGACUCAAUGGCAACCGAUAUGAUUGGACGACUUCUUGUCUGGCGCGGAGCCCAGCUACAGAACGAACGUGAGCGGCGCCACUAUAUACGCAUGGCCACUUUCCACCACCUGAUCUGCAAGAUCGGAGCAAGCGAGAGAGCCCUCGCGAACCUAGCCUUUGACUUCAUCCGAACCUUGACGAGGCCUGAUGAGAGAGGAUUGCGACCACUCCUCACAAACGGAUCCCUGCUACCCGCCCAGCAAGCUCUUCUUGGCAUGCUGCAAGAGCAACAGUUCCAGAGGCUUGUGGUCAGCGCCUUGUCUGUCGGGGAGAAGCUUGCGCAGAGCGUGAAUUGGGAGGUUUCCCGAAUCCUCUCUCAAGAUGUACGGGAGCGCAUCCGUCGUAUUUACGGGCCUCUCGUUGAGAUCCCGCUCGAGAUCAUUCUCGAUGCCCGGGCAGAACAUCUGAAUGCUCAAACUCGGUCGAAGACCCAGUUCGUUGAAGAAGGAGUAGCAAUGUCGAGCCCACGCCAAGGCUAUUCAUCAACCCAGCCGUUUGGUAUUUUUGGGCAAGCAAUUACACCUCAGAUGAAUGGGUAG